UUGUAGAUAGAGUCCCAAAAAACAUAAUCAUCAAGUUAUCCCUGAAUAUCCGCAAGACGCAGACGCCAACCAGCUGGUUGAUAAGGUCUCCUUCAAAAGAUAUCAAAAGAGUCGUCCUGAAUAUCCUGCUUUGGAGGAGUUGCAAACGUGUAACAGAGGUGGCAGACAAAAAUGCCCUCCUUAAUCUGAGAUCGGAUCUGCUCAGUGCUCCUCACUGAGCGCGCCUCACUUGGUCACUCUGAUCUCACACAGGCGCGCUCUGUCAAAACAACCUUUACCUACAUUUUUCCACGUGGCAAUAGUCAGAUGAAGUGGGACUCAGGCUUGAGGCUUUGAGCCACCUAUGAAGGGAAUGUGUGAAUGUGAUACCCAUUCAGGUCCAAUGUGCUAUUUGAAUUUCAAAAACACCGAUAUCUAAAUCUUUCCAUUAAAAUAUUCGGUACUUCCGCAUCCACUACUAUUAAAAUCCGAAUCCUCCCUUCCCCCAAAAUAACCACCACUAGUCACCGGUUAACGGCUACUAGUUCCCAUAAAAAGGUGGUUUCUCUCUCCUCCUCCGGUACCGAAGAAACCCUAACGGAGUUUCAGCCCCGUCACAGGAGAAAAUGGAGGAGUGGUGUCAAGAUUUGCCGGAGGAAUGCUGGGAAUCGGUGUUCAAUCGCCUCGACCAUCACCAACACUUCGAAGCCCUCUCCUUGGUUUGCAAGCGGUUUCUUUCCAUCUCCAAUCAGCUUCGAUCCCGUUUGACGAUCUCCAAUCCCACAAUUAAACUUCACCGAGGCGUUUCUAGUCUCCUCCAAAGAUUUCGUGGGAUCAAACGGAUAGAUCUCGUCGAUUUCCAUGGCGAUCUAGAUCGCCUUGUUCGCGAGAUCGCGCGGUCUGGAUUGAAGAUUGAAGUUCUCAAUAUGUCCAAGCAGAGAAGAGUCCCUACCAGAAGCUUGGAGGAAUUGGGUGCAAAGAUGAGGUCUCUGAGGAUUCUAAUCUGCUCGAGACUUUGCUUCUUGCAGGACAGCGAUCUGAUUGCUAUUGCCGAUUCAUUCCCGUCACUUGAAGAACUAGAUAUCAGUUAUCCCGAGCAAGAUUUCGGUUCUUCGGCUGAACAAGAUUCUGUUUUUCCAGGUAUGGUCACCGAUGCGGGGAUUACGGUGUUAUCGUCGAAGCUUUCUUCUCUCCAGAAAAUAAACAUCUCCGGAAACCAUUUAAUUUCGGAUCGAUCUCUUGUCGCUCUUUCAUCCAAUUGUAAGUUUCUGAGAAAAAUCGCGGCAUUUGAUUGCAGUUUCAUAAGCCAAAAUGGCAUCGGAUGGUUAAUCCGGCACAGUCCGAAUUUGAUUUCACUGGCCAUCAACGGAAACAAGCUCUCUCUUCCUUCAACUUCUAUGUCUCCUUCCUUCACAGUUGAAAGCUCCCUCGUUUAUGCCAAAGCUUUGUGCACUAUCGAGUUCUCUCAAAUGGCCCUUUCAGAUGAUCUACUCCAUUCAAUGUUCAAAGCUAAUCUUCCAUUGCAGAAGCUCGCAUUAUCCCGUUGCCGAGGAUAUACAUACGUCGGAAUAUCAUCCCUUCUGAGUGCAUACCGAUCUCUGAACUACUUAGAUAUAGGAGGAGCAGAUUUCUUGACCGACCAGUCCAUUACGGAAUUAUUCCAGUACCUCCAGAACUUGUCCUUCAUCAAUCUAAAUUCUUGCUCUCACUUGACAAAUUCGACUCUGUUCAACCUCGCGAGAGACUGUCCUUCACUGGAAGAAAUCCGAAUGGAAAGAACGAGUCUAGGAGAAGAGAAGUUCAGUACAGAAUUAAGGAAGAACAAUCAAAUUCGGACUUUGAAAUUGGCUUGGAACAAGUGUCUAAGCGACACAACACUGAAGAAGGUUGGCAUCGUUUGUCCUAACCUGAGAUCGCUUGACCUGAGCCAUUGUUGGAGCAUCACAGAGAAAGGAAUAGAAGCAAUAGGGUCUAGUUGUAUCGGGAUUAUGGAGCUAAAGGUGAAUGGGUGUAAAGAAAUGGCAAAUCUCGGAACGACCAUGGGAUUUUCCAAAUUGGAGUCUCUGCGAGCUGCUGGAUCGGGGAUGAACGAUGAAGGGUUGUCGAUGGUCAGCCAGAGUUGUCGUAGAUUACUGUGCUUGGACCUGGAAGGUUGUCUGGAAGUGACCGCGAAGGGGGUGAAGGAGAUGGUAGGGAACUGCAAGGGGUUAAGGGAGCUGAAUUUGAAGAAAUGUUGCAAAGUGAGCGCUGAUAUCUUGGCAUGGAUGAUAUUUUCAAGGCCAUCUCUUAGGAUGGUUGUUCCACCAGGUGGUUUUGUUCCCACAGAGAAGCAGAGGGACUUGUUCUUACGCCAUGGUUGUUGGGUUUGUAACGGGUAAUUCUGUUCUUCAUUUUCUAUCUUAUGGAAUAGAUUGCUUUUACUAGAUUACAGGUAAUUGAAAUUGUAAUUCUUCCCAUUUCCACAAAGUUCUGCAUGCCAGUUUUUGUUUGUAUUGUAUACCUAAUUUUUUUAGUAUAUUAACCAUGAUCAUAAUCCAUUUUUCUUUAUACCAAGUUUGGUAUUGGUAGGCAUGUGUCAUUACUAUGGGUCAAUGCUUAAUGGAUCUAAAACCAACCAUUUCCCACAA